UCAGCGGCGUUAAGACAGCACUUUUUUCCCCCUGGUGGGUGCUUUAGUUUCCAGUAUCUGUCCAUUGAAGUAUAUUUUAACCAGCGACUCCUGCGGCUCCUCAGUUCCUCCCCCCUCUCCUCCGAAACUCAACCAAAAUACUCCCCAACUCUCCACACUGGAGGAUAUAACAACACUUGGGGGUUUCUACCGUAUAAGCUCAGCCACCUUUGCUGCGCAUUACUAAAUGAUGCCUGGAUAAAACCUGAUGAUGGAUGAACCUCGGAAGGGGUCAGUUUACUGCAGCUGAAUAUCCUCAACAGCAUCAUGACCAUGUGGCAAAAUUUGCUGACAGGGGGUCCACAGUCAGUACUGCAGCUGUUGUGAAGCUUUGGGUGCAGAAGACUACAGGAUGACUGAUUUGUCUGUGGUUAGAAUGCACCUCAUCGCAAGUAUCAGACCAGUGAUCAUCAAAGGCUUUUCAAUACGAAGACUUGGAUUGUAAUUCUUUUUUGUUUGUGACAAGCUUUAUUUUAUUUUAUUUUAUUUUAUUUUUUAUUUUUUUGGGAAAGACUACUAACUCGCAGACAAGGUAAAAAAAAAAAAAGAUCUUCUAUAUGCGCUGCAGACAUGGACUAGGAGCCCAUGUGUAGCAGGUCAGUUGCUGAAGCUUGUGGAAUAACUUAGCCCCCAGACUGUUGGGAAGUCACUCCUUCAGGGGCAGAGGGAUCUAAUCACAGCACCAACCGACCCCACCCUGCCGCCUGACUAUCCCACCUGUCAAAAGGCAGACCCCACUAUCCAAUGGCAUGGGUCAAGUUCUUCAGGAAGCCGGGGGGCAAUCUGGGGAAAUCGUACCAGCCGGGGAGCAUGCUGUCUUUGGCCCCCACCAAAGGACUACUGAACGAGCCGGGCCAAAACAGCUGCUUCCUCAACAGUGCUGUGCAGGUACUAUGGCAGCUGGACAUCUUCAGACGCAGCUUGAGGCAGCUACCUGGACACUUCUGUCUGGGAGAGUCAUGCAUCUUUUGUGCAUUAAAGGGCAUUUUCUCACAGUUCCAGCACAGUCGGGAGCGCGCGCUGCCCUCUGACAACCUGCGUCACGCCUUGGCAGAGACCUUUAAGGACGAGCAGCGCUUCCAGCUGGGCUUCAUGGAUGAUGCCGCAGAGUGCUUUGAGAACAUACUGGAGAAGAUUCACUUGCACAUUGUGCCUGAGGAGACCGAUGCCUGCACUUCCAAGUCCUGCAUCACACAUCAGAAGUUUGCUAUGUCACUUUAUGAGCAGUCUGUGUGCCGUAGCUGCGGGGCAUCCUCCGACCCACUGCCGUUUACAGAGCUAGUGCAUUAUGUCUCCACCACCGCACUCUGUGAACAGAUUCAGCUUCAGCGCAGAGAGGAGUCAUUUGGGGAACUGUUACAAGCUGCAUGUACAAUCGGGGACCUUCGUAACUGUCCGAGCAACUGUGGUCAGAGGAUUAGGAUCAGACGGGUCCUCAUGAACUCCCCAGAGAUUGUUACCAUAGGCUUCGUCUGGGAUUCUGACCAGUCAGACCUCACAGAGGAAGUUAUCCGCUCUCUGGGGCCUCAUCUCAGUCUGUCUGCACUCUUCUACAGGGUGACAGACGAGCAUGCCAAAAAGGGAGAGCUGCUGCUUGUGGCGAUGAUCUGCUACUCCAGCCGUCACUACUGUGCCUUCGCAUUCCACACCAAGUCCUCCAAAUGGGUCUUCUUCGAUGACGCCACAGUGAAAGAGAUUGGCUCCAGGUGGAAAGAUGUGGUCACCAAAUGUAUAAAAGGUCACUUCCAGCCUCUCCUCCUUUUUUACUCCAACCCCGAUGGUAGUGCCAUUAACACAGAAGACGUGUCUCGACAAACCAGCAGCCAGUUCUACUACAAGACCCCUGUCAAUGGAGAUGUGCAAGGCGUUGAGUCUCAAGUUUCAGCUCCCAAGAAGCUGGACCUCACCAAGGAGAAUCUGAACGCUCUGUUGAGUCAAAACUCUUUCAAACAGAAGACCCCUUCAACCUUUAGCCGGGGAAGUGGUCAGACCAGCGGUGGACGGGGGCCAGUGAAAAUUGGCACCUUUGAUCCAAAGAGUCGCAUUAAGGAGCUUUCUAGAGAAGUCGCCCAGAGAGCAGGAGAAGUGCGGGGGAUGCAUCCAUCCAGAAGAGAGCCUGAUCGGAGCGGUCAGCGGAGGCCGGAGUCACGCUACAGAGAUCCAGGUGAAGACAGGAUCUACUCCCGCUCUGCCUCCCCUCCAGAGAACGGCUUCAAACAACACCUGGAGAGUCGCCUGUACAGCAGCCAAGGAAAAGGUCCCACUCGGAAUGAGCGAAUCCCCCACCUUGGCAAUCGAUCCUCCCACGAGCCACCUCGCUCUCACUCGAGGGUCCAGGUGUUACCCACUGUGCCCAGUUUCAGCAGCGGCCAUCACAGCCGGAGGCUAGACCAGCUCUCCAAUGGAUACGAUACUGACAGCAGCCAAGACUCUCGAGAGCGUCCUGGAAGCGGAGGGAACGGCCGCAGCAGGUCCAGCCGUCCAUGGAAGCCCAUGCGGGAGGUACUAAAUGUGGACAGUGUUGUAAGCGGCAUUACUCCCAGUAGCAGCAAUUCCUCAAGUGAAGAGCGAAGGCAGCACAGCCCCAGGAGAAGACCCAACAGUCAGUCGCCCUCCCGUGACCGAGAGCGUGACAGAGAUUUUACAUGGGGAGGUCGGGAAGAGCGCAAACCCAAGAGCCUGAUGACCAUUUAUGAGGACGAGCAGAGGCAUGAAACUGGUGGUAGCCGAAGCUCGCUGGACUCAGAUGGCCGGGGAGGCUACAGUGACAAGGACAGGUCAAAGGGCACAGCAACUCUUAAAGUCCGCAGUGACAACUGGAAGAUCCAGCGAACUGAAUCUGGAUAUGAAAGCAGUGACAGACUAAGCAAUGGCUCAGCAAAUCUUGACUCACCUGUGGUAGAGAACCUUUCUUCAAAGGACCUGCGGCCAAUACCUGAGCUGCAUCAGACAAGGGAUCACCUCCCUCAGAGAAGAAGUGAUGAUUUGAAGGCUGACAUAUUGCACUCGUACAUUACAUUUUCCUCUGGUGAACAUGGAAGGAAAUCUCCAGACCUGCAAGAUGCAAACAUCCUGCCUAGUCAGCUAAUAAAAAGAAGUCGAGCUUUCCGAUACACUCCCGGAAUCUUGGAAAAUGACAAUGGCCUUGACAGUGAACAAGAGGAAAAUGUAGAUGGCAGUCCUGUGAGCCCCAUGCCUCCUUAUUUAACAAAGACCAGCAGUUCUGAGUGCAAUAGCUCAGAUGACCUUGCUGGACCCUUCUCUGAACAAGAAGAGACUGGUACUAUGUCCCACAUAGACCCUUUCCUGCACAACUACCCUCCACCUUUACCCCCAAAGACCUUCGGCAACAGUCAUGCUGACCCAUCUGACGCUCACCCUCAGUCGCCAGAGGCGGCAGUGAGGUUGAGUCCCCGCACCGAAACCAAAAAUGGCGUGUCCCCACUCUCACACACGACCCUUCGUAGGUGGAUUGAGACACCUGCCGAGAACAGGUUUUCAUCCGAUGCCAGCUCAAAGUCCGGGUCAUCAGACCAGGACAGGAACGAUCUGUCAGCCAGCGAGAGUGACGACAGGUUACCCAGUCCAAAGCCCAGCAACAGUGAUGGUACAGACUCCCCUUCCGUGACGGAUAUGGUUCUUCCCACUUUUCCCACCACUUACUUUUCUGUGGAUAACUGUAUGACAGACACUUACCGGGCCAAGUACCAUAAGAGGCCUGCUUUGUACAUGAAAGUAGAGGAACAUACGUCAUCAGGGGAGAGUGAUGUAGAAGGGAGGGGGCUCCCUAUACCAGAUGUUAAACCACCAGAGCCCCCCAAAAGCAGAUCAGAAUCAGGCUACUCUACGACAAAGACUACUGCAAAAUGGAAUCCAGUUACUCCAAAAGGACUUGAUGAGCAUGGUUUCCUAUGAUUUUCGCAAAAGCAUCAAUGGACAUUGUAUGAUCCGAUGACUGGAUGCAAAAAGGAACUGCUAAAUAGAUAGAUGAAUAUUUCUUACAGCGAUGUGUCUUUGAUUGUAUGUAUACUUGUGAUGACAUAAAGUUGGUCAUGAAAUUGAAUGCCAAAGAGAUUGGUCCUGAGACAUUGUAAACAGAAUUGCAGUGGUCCUUAACAGUGAUCUUGCUGUUUUGGUAUGAGCUACUAAAAGCCUUGAAUGAAUAUUGAAUUUGCACAGUAGAGAGCACCAGAAAGGUACAUAAAGAAACACACCUAUGACAUUUCGCUGUUGAUCAUGUUUGGAUGUUUGGAAUUCAAAAGGGUUAGUUGAGUUAAGAAUGUGUCACAAGAGAUUAAGAGAAAUCCACCUGAAGAUAUAAGCUUUUUCUUGCAGUUCUACUUUCUCUCACUAUAUGUAAAACUUUUUAUUUGUUGAGCUUCUCCAAUUUCAGUGUUAUGAAGUGGUUUUGACAUGAUAAACCUACCUUUCAGUGGGAAAGAGAACACCAGGUUCUAGUAAUAUAAAACAUGUUUUUUGCAGAUUUUGGAAAGUUGUGCUAUUUAUUUGGCAUUCCUGGCAUGACUUAAAAAUGGAUCCCAAGGAUCUCUGUGAAUAUGAAGCUUCAGGACACUCACAAAGAUUUCUGGCUAAUGAGAACUCUUCUCGGGACUGCUAAGGCGAGGCAACUUGGAACCUUGGAUUCUUGUUGGUACAUGGGGUUUAAUGACCUACACGAAGGUCAAAUAUCCACCAGCAGAGGUCUAAUAAGCCAAAAAAACAAUGAUUACCAUUGUGGGUGUCCAGGGGCUAAAUGUCGGUGGGUACAUAUGUUAAAUGCUAAUUGGUAGAAAAGUACAUGGCACAUUAACUUAAGGCACAUCCCUUACUUCUCACAUGCACACAUCCUGUCAUCCCUACAUAUUAACGGCUUUAUGGCUUUGCACUGUAUUUCUGAUUGAUCAGUUCUCAUUUCACACUUAUAGUUAUAAACUUCCCUUUUCUUCUUCUUUUUUGUCUUCAGCAAAAUUGAUGAACUUCUUAGUUACCUUUCCUGUUUCUUAAAAAUAACUCCAAUUAGCAGUAAGUCUGCACUGGUAUGAAAUGGACAUGUCGGGAUGUAAAAGUGUCAUCAAGAAAUGGACAGGGCUUGCUUUUCUUUAGGGGGGGUUAUUAGUAAACUCUUGUAAAUUACUCUAGUGUACUAUUUUUUUGGUUCAAAAUGUUUUCUAUAUGAAGCAGACUUUAAUGCACAGUGCCUUUUGUAUUUUUCUAUGUCAAGAGAAGAUUUAAUUGGAGCCAUGAUUUGUACAAUUCUUUGAUUGAGAUUUUUUGUAACAUUUUAUUUUAUUUUUAUUGAUUAACAAUUGUUAAAUAAACAAUUUUAUU